AUGUGGAGGAGGAUCAUAAAGAUCACUCACAUCCCUCCUCUCUCCCUCCUCUCCCUCCUCUCCCUCUCCUCUCCCUCCUCUCUCCCUCCUCUCUCCCUCCUCUCUCCUCUCCCUCCUCUCACCCUCCUCUCUCCCUCCUCUCACCCUCCUCUCUCCCUCCCCUCUCCUCUCCCUCCUCUCUCCCUCCUCUCACCCUCCUCUCUCCCUCCUCUCCCUCCUCUCCCUCCUCUCUCCCUCUCCUCUCCCUCCUCUCUCCCUCCUCUCUCCCUCCUCUCUCCCUCCCCUCUCCUCUCCCUCCUCUCUCCCUCCUCUCACCCUCCUCUCUCCCUCCUCUCACCCUCCUCUCUCCCUCCUCUCUCCCUCCUCUCUCCCUCCUCUCUCCCUCCUCUCCCUCCUCUCUCCCUCCUCUCUCCCUCCUCUCCCUCCUCUCUCCCUCCUCUCUCCCUCCUCUCUCCCAGACUCCAGCCGCUGUUCGGGCUCAGGCAGAGACGCACUUUCACAGAAAGAGAGCAGGAAGAACCAAGAGCAGCCAUGGCCGUCGGGAAGAUGCGCUCCACUCGAAAGCUGCGUGACUGGAUGGUGACACAGGUGAACAGUGGUCGGUACCCGGGAGUGGUCUGGGACGACGAGAACAGAACCAGGUUCCGAAUCCCCUGGAAACACGCAGGAAAACAGGACUUCAGGAAGGACGAGGACGCCGCCAUCUUUAAGGCGUGGGCAGAGUUUAAGGGGAAGCUGACCGCAAAGGAGCAGAAUAAUCCGGCCUCGUGGAAGACCCGCCUCCGCUGCGCCCUCAACAAGAGCCCGGAGUUCAGGGAAGAGAACGGCCGCGCCCAACUGGACAUCUCUGAGCCCUACAAGGUCUACAGCCUGGUGCCCCCCUCAGAGCAGGGUUUUCCGUCUCCACAGAAGAAGAGCUGUGAGCGACGCAAACGCAAGAGCUCCGAGAAAAACCAGAAACCAGAACCCAAAACCAUCAAGACUGAAGAGGAACCAGAGACCACUCUAGAGAACGUGGAGGUGUUUUUCGGCAGUGAGAUUGUUCAUGUGGAGGAGACAGCGACCAAUCAGCUGCCGAGACCGACGGAAGAGAUGGAUGAGAUCACUCUGGACGUCCGGAUAGAGGAAACAGCUCAAACGGAGCCGGACUCCUUCCGUGUUGUGGUGCAGUACUGGGGGCAGGAAGUGGCUCGGCAGCAGGUCUUCAGUUCGGAUGUUCGUAUCCAGUACCUGUGCUCCCCCCUCUGCCCCCCCUCGGCUCUCCCCCAGGGGGCGCAGUUCCCCAGCGUGGUCCUCCCCCCUCCCCCCUGCUCUCUGGGGCAGGGCCAGGAGCUCGCGGCGCUCACCACUCUGCUGCCGUUCAUGGAGAAAGGCGUGGUGUUGACCUCCACUCCGCGGGGGGUCUACGGCCGCCGCUUCUGCCAGGGGCGGGUCUUCUGGGCGGGACCACAUUGUGGGCGGGGCCUGCACAAGCUGGAGCGCCACACGGAGCCCGAGCUACUCUUCUGCAAGGACGCCUUCAAACAGCAGCUGGACCUCUUCUGUUCGUCUCGAGGGGAGCGUCCGAGCUGCGGCUUCACUUUGUGCUUUGGAGAAGAACUGAACGAGACCGAGGAGACCAGCAGGAAACUCAUCAUUGUACAGGUCUCGUUGCCGUGGGCGGAGAAGCAGGUGGAGGACUUCGAGUCCAUCGUUCGCUCCAUAAACUUAUUUCAGAGUUUGGCCGAUCAGAACCCGACCGGAGAGAUCACCAUCCACCUGGAACCAGUACCUGAGGGGGAGAUCUGA